AUGACUCUCUCCCUUUCCCUCACCACCAUUCUCCUUUCCCUUUUCUCCUUUUUCCUUCUACACGCCCAUGCCAACCCAUUCCGUUCCUUUCACCACCACAACCACCCUCACUUCGCCACUCACAACUACAGAGACGCUCUCACCAAAUCCAUUAUCUUUUUCCAAGGCCAGAGAUCAGGGAAACUUCCGCCUAACCAGAGAAUCUCUUGGAGAAGAGACUCUGGUCUCUCUGAUGGCUCAGCAUUGCAUGUUGAUUUGGUUGGAGGGUACUAUGAUGCUGGUGACAAUGUUAAGUUUGGUUUUCCUAUGGCUUUUACUACCACAAUGCUUUCAUGGAGUGUUAUUGAGUUUGGCGGGUUGAUGAAAAGUGAGUUGCCGAAUGCUAAAGAAGCUGUUCGUUGGGCUACUGAUUAUCUUCUUAAAGCCACUGCACAUCCAAACACCAUUUACGUUCAGGUGGGUGAUGCUAAAAAGGACCAUGCUUGUUGGGAGAGACCAGAAGACAUGGACACUCCAAGAAGUGUUUUUAAGGUUGAUGCAAACACACCUGGCUCUGAAGUUGCGGCGGAAACUGCUGCGGCAUUAGCGGCGGCUUCUCUUGUUUUCAGAAGAAGUGAUCCAACAUACGCCAAGAUUUUAGUAAGAAGGGCCAUCAGGGUUUUUCAGUUUGCUGAUAAACACAGAGGAUCUUACAGCAAUGCCUUGAAACCCUUUGUGUGUCCAUUUUACUGUUCUUACUCAGGUUAUCAGGAUGAGUUGUUGUGGGGUGCUGCUUGGCUCCACAAGGCCACUAAGAAUCCAAUGUAUCUGAAAUACAUUCAAGUUAAUGGUCAAAUCCUAGGAGCUGCAGAGUUUGACAACACAUUUGGUUGGGAUAACAAACAUGUUGGAGCAAGGAUACUUCUUUCCAAGGAAUUUCUAGUUCAAAAUGUAAAAUCACUCCAUGACUACAAGGGUCAUUCAGACAAUUUUGUUUGUUCUUUGAUUCCUGGAGCUGGUUCCUCAUCUGCACAAUAUACCCCAGGUGGACUUUUGUUCAAGAUGAGUGAUAGUAACAUGCAGUAUGUCACAUCCACUACCUUCUUACUGGUCACAUAUGCCAAAUACUUAACCAAAUCACAUUCAGUUGUGAAUUGUGGUGGUACUACUGUAACACCAAAGAGACUCAGAACUUUAGCCAAAAAACAGGUGGAUUAUUUGUUAGGAGACAACCCAAUGAAGAUGUCAUAUAUGGUUGGCUAUGGACCAAAGUAUCCACAAAGGAUACACCACAGAGGAUCAUCACUUCCUUCAAUGGCUGUACACCCGGGAAAGAUCCAGUGUUCAGCAGGGUUUGGUGUGAUGAAAUCACAAUCACCAAAUCCUAACAUUCUAGUGGGUGCUGUUGUUGGAGGACCAGAUCAGCAUGAUAGGUUUCCAGAUGAUCGUUCCGAUUAUGAACAAUCAGAGCCAGCUACUUAUGUUAAUGCACCACUUGUUGGAACACUGGCUUAUCUUGCACACUCAUUUGGUCAACUUUAA